CUCCAAAAGUGAGGCACGCCAGCAUCCUGUUCUGCCCUAGUCACCACUCACCAGACAAGACAUUGCCUACCCCUACCACCAUCUCCGUGCAGUUGCACCAGCCCGGAUCAGAUCUCUCGUCUCUCCAAGAACCGCAUCUAAAACUGCCUUUGUGCGCUGCGCUGGUGCUGCUCGUCAACCUCCGCACUCCCGUUCGCCCUACUCCUACUACCCCAUAAAGGCGGGCAGAGGAUAGUAGUAUCAUCACCCAUCGCUUCUUCUCCUCCAAAAGUUGGCAGUGAAGUGGAGCCAAUCCUUUAUCAUUACUACGUUGUUAUUACGAGUGGUUGGUACGCGCAUUAUUGUUAGUCUCGCCUCCACUCCCAACCCACGCCACGCAAGAGGACGCGCCUCGUGCUCCGGCGCGGCCGGCGCCGGUGGAUUUAGCGGCGGCGGCUUGCGUCAGGUAGCGCCACCAGCUUCGCCGCGGAGACGAUGGCGCCGGCGCUGAUGAGGCUGGUGCUGGCGCUGGCGGUGGUGAGCUGCUGCGCCGCCGGGCAGCCCGGCGGCCGCGUCGACCUGUGGCCAAUGCCCGCGUCCGUGACCCGCGGCGCCAGGACGCUCUACGUCGCCAGGGACCUCAGGCUGUCCACGGCCGGGACCGGGUACAAGGACGGGAAGGCCAUCCUGGCCGACGCCUUCAGGAGGAUGGUGGCCGUCAUCCAGCUCGACCACGCCAUCAACGGCAGCUACCACGGCCUGCCCGUGCUCGCCGGUGUCAAUGUGGCCGUCCGUUCCCCGGACGACGAGCUCAAGUUCGGGGUGGACGAAUCGUACAAGCUGACCGUGCCUGCAACCGGGAAUCCGAUAUAUGCCCGAAUUGAGGCCCAAACAGUUUUCGGAGCGCUUCAUGCUUUAGAGACAUUCAGUCAAUUGUGUUACUUCGAUUUUGUUUUGGGUGUAACUGGACUACAUUGGGCUCCUUGGACUAUCGUGGAUAAGCCCAGAUUUCCUUAUCGAGGGCUUCUUAUUGAUACCGCAAGGCAUUAUCUUCCAGUCCCGGUAAUCAAAAGUGUAAUCGAUUCAAUGGUGUACAGUAAGUUGAAUGUUCUUCAUUGGCACAUUGUGGAUGAGCAGUCAUUUCCUCUUGAAAUACCUUCAUACCCAAAAUUAUCGAAUGGUGCAUACUCUUAUUCAGAAAAAUAUACAAUCAAUGAUGCGAUCCACAUUGUGCAAUAUGCUGAAAAAAGAGGUGUGAAUGUCUUGGCUGAGAUUGAUGUCCCUGGCCAUGCUGGUUCAUGGGGUGUUGGAUAUCCGUCGUUGUGGCCAUCAGCUACCUGUCAACAACCACUUGAUGUCAGCAACGACUUUACAUUUAAAGUGAUCGACGGAAUUCUUUCAGAUUUUAGCAAGGUUUUUAAGUUCAAGUUUGUCCAUUUGGGAGGUGAUGAAGUCGAUACAAGUUGCUGGACUACCACACCACGCAUUAAAUCAUGGUUGGUUCAACAUGGUAUGAAUGAGUCUGAUGCCUACAGAUAUUUUGUCCUAAAGGCUCAAAAGAUUGCAAUUUCACAUGGCUACGAGAUAAUAAACUGGGAAGAAACAUUUAACAACUUUGGAGACAAGUUGGACCGCAAAACUGUGGUGCAUAACUGGCUUGGAGGUGGAGUUGCAGAGAAAGUGGUUUCUGCUGGUCUGAGAUGCAUUGUGAGCAACCAGGAUAAGUGGUACCUAGAUCACCUGGAUGCUACAUGGGAAGGAUUCUAUAUGAAUGAGCCAUUGACAAAUAUCUACAACCCAGAACAACAGAAGUUGAUUCUUGGCGGAGAAGUAUGCAUGUGGGGCGAACACAUAGAUGCAUCCGACAUUCAACAAACCAUUUGGCCUCGUGCUGCAGCAGCUGCAGAGCGGCUGUGGACUCCGGUUGAGAAGCUCGCGAAGGACACAACGGCGGUCACUGCAAGAUUGGCACACUUCAGGUGCUUGCUGAAUGAAAGAGGGGUCGCUGCGGCACCGCUAGCUGGAUAUGGCCGCACAGCUCCGUCGGAGCCAGGAUCCUGUGUAAGGCAGUAGGAUAUUCAUAAUGGGGGUAAAUACCAUUCAUACAGGAAUAAACAUCAGCCGAGGCAUCCUUUUUUCCACCGUUCUGGGCAAUGAAGCCCGGAUAAAAUGUACUGAUUCAGGAUGUUCUGUGAUGCAAGGGGAUGUUUCAAUGAUAUUGCGUCCCUCUUUCAACUUGGUAA